AUGCUCAUUUUAGCUGAAAUCCAGCACUGCCUGGUUAAUGCUGGCGAUGUGGGAUGUGGAGUGUUCGAAUGCUUUGAAAACAAUUCUUGUGAGAUCCGAGGCUUGCACGAGAUCUGCAUGACAUUCCUGCACAACGCUGGAAAAUUUGAUGCCCAGGGAAAAUCCUUCAUUAAAGAUGCUCUGAAGUGUAAGGCUCAUGCCUUGAGGCAUAAAUUCAGCUGCAUCAGCCGUAAGUGCCCUGCCAUUAAAGAGAUGGUGUUCCAGUUACAGCGGGAGUGCUACCUGAAGCACGACCUCUGCUCUGCCGCCAAGGAGAACGUCCAGGUCAUUGUGGAGAUGAUUCACUUCAAAGACCUGCUGCAGCACGAGCCCUAUGUUGACCUAGUGAAUAUCCUGCUCACGUGUGGUGAGGAGGUGAAAAAGGCAAUAACGAGAAGCGUCCAGACCCAGUGUGAACAGAACUGGGGAAGCCUCUGCUCUAUCCUGAGCUUCUGCACCUCCGCUGGGCCCGGAGACUCCAUCCUGAGUCCRGAGAAGAAGGCGGGCGAAGGCAGCAGAGCGGCUGCCGGCCGCGGGGACAUGCUGGCCCACUCGGAAGCCGAGCACAGAGAGAGCUCGCGAGCGCCCAAGGGGGAGAGAGGUACCAAGGGCCACCUGAACGCCCGGGGAAAAGCUGGGGCCCACGGUCCCAAAGGGGCACAMGGGAUCGUGGACCGGGCAGACGAACUGUCCGACUUCUCUGACAUCCGGAGGUGAAAAAAGGCACCAACCUCCCCUUUUCCCCCUUCCUCCCCCUCCACUGGAAACGUCCUCCGUUGAGUCCAUCUCCCUGUCUAUGGACAUUCCAAAGCAUUUCCCCUUCAGAGGUCACACACAGGGCAUUGUGAGAUACUUGGACCUCAGCGACAUGUAUAUAGUAGCAAAGGGAGAGCAGUGGCAAUGGGUUAUUGAUGCAGCAAGCUCAACGCUCGAGUAGCCACCGAACGUGGCAAAAUGUCUCCAAGUAAAUUCUUUCCCCUUUUUACAAAAUGGAUGUUGGUUGAAAAUUCAGGGUCUUGUUUUGAGGCUGGUGGGUUGUUUGGGGGGCUGUUUUCUCUUGGUCCUCUCAGCUGGGGAGCAGGUCACAGGAGGGCUCUGCCGGGCUGUAUUUGGCCACACGUGGCUUCCCACCCCUGAAGGUUUAGGGUACAGUCUGAAGGCAGAUGGCUAAAUCCCAAAGGAAUUUCAUUUCUGCCUGUGGCUGAGAACAUAAGAGCUCAAGGCUCUCUGUGAUGCUCCAGUGAACCAACUAUCUCAUUUCUUGCACAGGGACCUUGUGGUCUGGAGCUCUGUCUUUUUCUCUCAAGUAACUUCUGAGCCAUUGCUCCUGCCUGGGUGAUGCUGCCUCCUCUAAGUGCCCCUGUUUGUUUCCUAACCACUGCAGAACUUGACACUUGCUUACCCAGGGACUUCAGGAUGCCAAAGACCUAAGUGGUCGCCUUCCAGUCAAGACACCUGGACUGUUACAACUUGCUUAGCUGCAGAACACAGCGUGGAAGACCUCUGAGCCUCUGGGUUCCCAGACCUCUAACUGCCCAGGGCUGUUCUCUUGUAGAAAUUAAACCUGCCCACUCRGUGACACAGCUACCAGAGCAGGACCUCCACCCUAUGCAGAGCCCAAGCUUACAGGCACGGGUGUGGGCUCAGGCAGCUYGGGAGCCCAUAGGCUGUCCCAUUAGAAAUGUCUCUCUUAGGAAGCAGCUUGGUGCAGGUCGGCUGUGGUUGGUCAAAAUGCCAAAGACUUGGGAGGGGGCUCGGACCUAUAGCUAAUYGUCACACAGGUAACGACCGCCAGGGUCUGCAGAAUUGGUCACUGCAGAGGGAAGGGGGUCGGGAGCUCCCUCCUUCCCGGGCAAUCCCUAGUGCAGCUGAGGUGUGAGGACACGUCCCRCUCACCCUCAUCCCCUAUGCAAUUGUAAUUCUCAGGUUGCAGAUGUGCAGUCCUGUAGCCCCACAUGCUGUCCUGGAAAGGUAGGUUACAGCAGCAUGAGGACAGGAGGACGAGCUCCUUGGCUUCCUCUGGAGAAAAAGUGAAUUUUUCUGGGAAAGUGGGAAUCACACCAAGCAUUGGAGCCUUCUCGUUUAGGAGCCUGCGAGGAAAGCUGUGGGGGCAGGAAGGCAGUUCRGAAGAGACAGAGCGUACCCAGGGAACGAACUUGGCGCAUGGUGGGCAGGAGCUGCAUAAACGGCAGAGCGUGUUGGAACUUGGCUGCAGUUUCCAGCCUAGAUUUUCGUUACUGCUAAGUGAAUGCAGCUCCUAAUAACUUCAGUCAGAAUUUAAUGCAUGUAUCCACCAGCAGAAUUUAUAGGCACUACUUUUAAUAGAAGUCACGUAGGAAGCAAAGGGGAUCGUCAAGUUGAAAAGAUACGUUCUUAGGCGAUCACCGGGGCUUUAUUUAAAGAAAGGACCUUGAUCUUGUUUGAGUUUUACUCCCAGCUAAGUUCUAUGACAAAAAUUCCUACUGACUUCAUUGGGAAGAUGUGGGAUUGGCCCAAAGGAGCUGCAAAGACUGUGCGGAGCCGAGGAGCGGAGCUCCUUGCGGCCGGGAGGAGCCUUCCGGGUCAUUCCCGCCUUGCUCC